GCGUAUCCAGUGCAUGAGCUACUUAGCUUAAUAAGUUUUUGUUUGGCUGAAACUAGGUACAUUGGGAAAGUCUGUUUUAUAUAAAGAAAAUCAAAGUGAGUUAGAGAAUGAAUAAAUGAUAGUAAUAUAAUAGGAUACAACAAAAAACUAUGUCAGAGCUUGACGACCAGUCUUUUGAAAAUAUCAAAGAUCCUAAUGACAAAUUUGCGCCAUCUACUAGCAGCAGAAAGACUAGACCUCAUCAAGAUAAUGGAUCUAUCAAUACAGAUGAUCUCUUACAAUCAGACACCAACCAUUCGCAUAACUCAUUGCUAGAAGAUUCAGAAGAAGAAGAUGAGUUUGUUAAGAAAUAUGGUGAAGUCAAUUUUCAGUAUAUUGACAAACCUGCCGACUCUUUUUGGUGGGUAAAGCCACAUGCAUUGAAUUAUUUCAAAGAUGGUGUAUUGUAUAGAACUAAAGGAGAACGUACAUCCGGUAAGAUAGAGUUGUUUCUUGACUUACUGUAUGUUGGAAUUGUCUCCAAUCUUGCUUCUUCUGCAACAGACGAAGCUUCAGCUGGUAGUUUUUUGAAAUACAUUCUUCUUUUCAUUCCAACUUGGACAGUGUGGAGUGAUGUUAAGGAUUUUGUCAAUUAUUAUUACUCUGAAGAUUUGGCCCAAAAAUUAUACAUCCUCUGGAUUAUGGCACUAUUGAUCCUUUAUGACAACAAUUGUGAUCAUGUUUUGGAAGGGACCAAAGAGGCAGCCUUUACAGUGGUUCCUUAUAUAUUAUGUCGCACAUCUUUGGCAAUCAGUUUGUGGGUUUACUCUAUGUGGGUACAAGAACAUAGGUUGCAAAUGAGAGUGUAUGGUCUGCUAUUAUUUCUAACAAGUUCUUUAUGGAUUAUUGUCAUUUUUGUUGAUACUCGUGCUAAAAUUGGAGUCACAAUUGCUCUUUUGUUCAUCGAAAACUUUUCUUUUUCUUUUUGUUACCAUCCUUGGGUCAAAAAAAACAUCAUGAAAUUGACCUGCAGUACAGCUUUAAAUAUUGAGCAUGAAGUGGAAAGAUUUGGCGCAUUCUAUGUUAUUGCAAUUGGUGAGUUUUUGUAUAAAACUGUUGCUGGUAAUCCUAUAAGGCAGGGUUUCAAUUCUCAUUUAUCUCGAGGAGUUUGUUGUUUAAUCAUUUCAUAUGUAUUCCUCUGGCUUUAUUUCAACUCCGGAACUUCUUCUCGUGCUACUCAUGCUCUUAGAAGAUCUGGUUAUAGUGCAAUUGUUUGGAUUUAUUCUCAUAUCCCUUUGAUUGCAGGUCUUAUCCUUGCUGCAGACUCUGCUGGAGAUUGGAUUGAACUUGAUACACAGUUGACAAAAAAACACCCAGAGCAGUUAUUGUCAUUGAAUGAAAGAUCGAGUACGUUGUCAUCAACUGAAGAAGCAGUGGAUGCUCCUUCCAUGUAUGCGUUAUCCUUUUUUUUCACUGGAGGAAUAUGUGUUUCUCUUUGGGCUUUAGGAACAAUAGCUUUUGCUGAGAAGUCAAGAGAUUCUAAGAAUAUGCAUAUCGUAACAAAAUUCUGGCGAGUAUUCCCCAGGUUCCCUGCUGGAGUAAUUAUUCUAUGCAUGAGUUUUGCCGAAAUGAGAACUACUGAAUUAAUGGGUUUAACUACAAUGAUAUGUGCACUUUUAUUUAUAUGGGAGUCUAUCACUAUUACACCAAGGAGUUCUUUACCUAAAAUCUUCGGAGGUUGUUCGAAUAUUGUUCUAUCUGAGCAGGUUGAACGGUUUUGACCACUUGAGAUUUUAUGAGCAAAGUUAAGAUGAUUUGAACAAAUAUAAAACAUUCACACAUUCUGUCGUUGUUUUAUUUUAGUUAUUUCUAUCAUCGCUUAUAGUUUGCUAUUUUACACUAUGUUAUCAAAUCAUAUUCAUUUUAUUUUCACUUCUUUUACCCUAUUGCUUGCUGUGUCUACCUUCAAAUAUUUUCCAUUUAGCUUACUUUUAACUUAUACUUUUUCUUUUCAGCAGUUCAGUAUCUAUAUUUCUUCAGAUAAUUGCCAACAGAGCCGUGUCAAGAUACGAGUAAUGAUUCUUGACUAAGAAAAAUUGCUGCGUUGGCUUUGAUAAAUCUUAGAAAUAGGUUAUUAAUAAAGAAAAAACGAUCAUUCGUAAUGGUAAUUC